GCCGCUACUGGCUUUUGCUCGGGCUCCGUCCAUCAGCUUAUCAAAGGGGCGGGUAGCGUAGGGAAGCGCGCAUCCUUGGUCGUGACUCUCUUCUCUUGCUCAGGUGCAAGAGCGCCUUCUUCUCCUCCUCCACCACCGCCGCCAACACGUCUGGCUCGGGUGCAAGGAUGGCGCGAGCCGCCGCCGCCGCCGCUGCUGCUGCCUGGCCUCUGCUGUUGCUCCUCUUGGCCCUCAGUUCCAGUGCUUGGGUCGGCACUGAGGCCGCCGGCAUCAAGCGGGGGCGAAAGCCCAAUGUGGUGCUAAUCCUCACAGACGACCAGGACUCCUGCCUGGGCGGAAUGACACCGCUGAAAAAAACCAGUGCCCUGAUUGCAGAAAUGGGGAUAACCUUCUCAAAUGCAUAUGUACCCAGUGCAUUGUGCUGUCCCAGUAGAGCCAGCAUCUUGACAGGAAAAUAUCCACAUAAUCACCAUGUUGUUAAUAACACUUUAGAAGGAAAUUGCAGCAGCAAAUCCUGGCAGAAGAUUCAGGAACCAUAUACCUUUCCAGCUAUCCUCAAGUCUAUGUGUGGCUAUCAGACAUUCUUUGCUGGGAAAUACCUGAAUGAGUAUGGAGCAGAAGAUGCAGGGGGAAUUGGUCAUGUUCCACCUGGAUGGAGUUUUUGGUAUGCCUUGGAAAAAAAUUCCAAAUACUACAAUUACACACUUUCAGUAAAUGGAAAAGCACGAAGGCAUGGAGAGAACUACAGUGUUGAUUAUCUGACGGAUGUACUGGCCAACAUGUCCUUGGAUUUUCUGGAAUACAAGUCCAACUAUGAGCCGUUCUUCAUGAUGGUAGCAACUCCAGCACCACACUCGCCUUGGGAAGCUGCUCCUCAGUAUAAGAAGAGCUUCCAGAAUGUCAGCGCUCCAAGAAAUAGUAAUUUCAAUAUCCACGGAAAGGACAAGCAUUGGCUCAUCAGGCAGGCAAAGACUCCAAUGACUAAUUCAUCAAUACAAUUUCUAGAUGAUGCUUUUAGGAAAAGAUGGCAGACACUUCUGUCCGUGGAUGAUCUGAUAGAAAAACUUGUGAAAAGACUGGAGUUUCAUGGAGAGCUGGAUAAUACAUACAUUUUUUAUACCUCAGACAAUGGCUUUCAUACAGGUCAGUUUUCUUUGCCAAUUGACAAACGACAGCUCUAUGAGUUUGACAUUAAAGUUCCAUUGCUGGUUCGUGGACCAGGAAUCAAGCCCAACCAGACUAACAAGAUGCUUGUGGCAAACAUUGAUUUGGGUCCUACUAUUUUAGAUAUUGCAGGCUAUGAUCUAAAUAAAACACAGAUGGAUGGGAUAUCGUUAUUACCAUUGCUGAGAGGAGACAGAAAUGUGACCUGGAGAUCAGAUGUAUUGGUUGAAUACCAAGGAGAAGGACACAACAGUAGUGAUCCUACCUGUCCUGCCCUUGGUCCCGGUGUCACGCAUUGCUUUCCAGAUUGUGUUUGUGAAGAUGCCUAUAACAAUACAUAUGCAUGUGUAAGGACACUAUCAGCUUCAUGGGAUCUGCAGUACUGUGAAUUUGAUGAUCGUGAGGUGUUUGUCGAAGUUUACAACCUGACUGCAGACCCGCACCAGAUUACCAAUAUUGCAAAAACAAUUGAUCAAGAAAUCUUAGAGAAGAUGAACUAUCGGCUAAUGAUGUUGCAAUCCUGUUCUGGAACAACGUGCCGCACACCAGGAGUCUUUGACCCAGGAUACAAGUUCAAUCCACAUCUGAUGUUCAGCAACCAUGGAACUCAGCCUCGCAGACUUUUUACACGUUCAUUGUAGCUGCAUCUGCUAACCUGUUUCAUUACCUAUGUCCAUUUCUUCAAAGUGACUGCAGAAGAACUGCUUAAUCCACUCUCAAUCUGAAAGACUUGAUCGGCUGGCUUUAUUGGGAGAAAAUUACAUCCCCAUCUUGGUUGCCUUGUGCAAUACAUGUGUACUACAUACACGAUCAUCCUAGUCUACUCAGAUCUGAUUACCAAAUCAAUCUGAAAAAGUUAAUCCUGAAGAACAGUGUUGACUUGUGACAUGAAUCCAAAUUUUCCUCUUGGGCGUAAAUGACAGAUUUGAGGCUUAGCUAUUUAAAACCUUGCUACAUGGAGAGGCAGGCCUGAGGAAGUUUGGGCAGGUUUAUGUUGGACCUGCUAGUUAGACCGAGACUACAGACUGCUUCCCCAUAGUUACAGCCACUACCUGAUAAUAUUUUAAGAGGAGACAGCAAACUUCUUGGGUGUGUUCAUAUUCUGAACCUAGUAUAAUUAAGUUAGCCAGGGAUGUUGCUAUUAAUUUUCUUCUGCAUUUCAGGACCUAGCUGGAAAUGUGAUUAUAACUUGUGUGCCUAUUACUCACAAAUGUUACACAUUCCUGUUACAUAUAAUCAGCUAUCAAGCUUUCAAAUUGUUGCCAAGUAAACCACUAAAUGAGCACUUUUCCCAAAGAUAAAUGGAACAUUAGCACCCAGCAUAUUUUCUACUUCAUACAGUAAUGAACAAUUUAAGAAUGAUGGUUUAGUUGGGAAAGUUACAUUCCCAAAACAAAACCAAUAUCUAACAUCCCAAUGUAGCAAUAUAUACCAGAAAAGAGGGUUCCAAUGUCUCAUCACAGGAAGUGGCUUUGGGGUCAAAAGUUAAUUAUUCUUAUCCUGUAUUAAGAGCUCUUUAAACCAGAGAAUUGUAAGACAUAUUUCUUUGAUGCCCAGACUUGAUGCUUGGAGAUGUGUGAAAUAUGGUAUUAGAGCUUGUUGAACAAUUAGAAGUUAAUCAUUGUUUUAAUAUUUAGUAGUAUUAUUUAAUAUCCUAAGGAGUUGGUCCAUUACUAUACUACCUGUUAAAAUUUGCUUGAAUACCAGACCAAUCAUCUUCUAAAACGAGGGCAUUCUUUGUCAUUUGUACUAUUCAAGCAGGUAUAGCUUCUCUGUAGGUGGGAAACUGUUUAUUGGGUGUACAUAAGCCGGCUUCCUACUUAAAGGGUAUAGCCUUAAACAUCAGGAGACCAUAGCCUGCCUCUGCGAACUCUUUAUGAUGUUCUGUCAGUCAUAUCUACUUAACAGUCAGAAGCAAUACAUAUGAAUUUACUAUUACACUGCUUUUGCCAGAUGAUCUAGAAAAUGAAUGCUAAGUGGGAUGGAGUGGUGAACAGUGGGUUCAAGGAGCAAGCAGGUGAAAACUAGGCUUGUGUUUUAGCAGGUGGUAGGGUGUGCAAAAAAGUAGCUUGCUCUAGACUUGACCUGUUUCUUAAACAUUCUGGGGUAUAUGGUAGACCUUCAUCUGAGAAGACCACCUCAGAAUGCAUAUGGGGCAUUGCUUGUUGGAAAGGGUUUCUUGUCAAAGCUUGCCUUGAAGCUUGGCUUUCUUCCUGACAUGUAAGCUUGCCAGAUCCAGAGAGAUUUUGAUAUGAAGGCACUUCUAAAGCUAUUUCCCCAUGUGUAGUUUUGAAGAGAAAACUGUGCUACCAUGAGUGAUUGAAUUGGAUAUAAAGGCUGCUACUCAGAAGAGAAAUUGUACCUAGAUACACAAAUUCAGGUAUAUAAUUGAAGGUAUAUCAUUGCACCAGGUGUGAAAAGUACAUGUGUAUCCAUGGCAGCUGUUCCAUUCAAAAUAUUUGCAAGUGAAUCUUACCUAGAUGACCACUUUUUAUCUUGAAACAUUCAUGCACCCUUCACUUUAGAUGCAAUGACAUUUUUGUACUUUAUAGCUGCACUGGGUUCUAAAAUCUCCCUUGAAAAAAAUGUCUUCAUAAAUAUACUUGCUAUUGUAGUAUUGCUGUGGUGGAAAUAAGAGUUACAGAAUUGACUUUCUAUAAACAGCAUGAAAGAUUGAGGUGGAGAGUAACAAAUCAGAGGCUAGUUAAAUGUUUCACAAAAGAAAAAAAUCACUAGUGAGGUAAGGAAAACUAUUAUUUUUAUGGAAGUCUGUUCAUAAACUUCAGUUGUCUUUUUUCUAUUCUGGAAGGAAAAGAUGCAUGAUAACUCGGAAUAGGGGCAAAACUUAACAUUCCUUUAAGCAUGUUUAGUGGAACAAACCUCAAGUUUAAGUCACAGAACAAAAGAUUAUUUUUGAAAGAUUUUGAUUUUUUUGCUUUUGUAUUAGACUCUUAUUAAUGACUUUACCUUACAGAACCAAUUAAUCUAUCUCAAAUGUUUUAACUGUGUUAAAUUUUAAUUAACCCAUCCAUGGUUGGAUAUCUCCUACAUGAAAAAUGUAUUCUCUCAAAAUUAAGCAAAUUAGACUUUAAAAAAAAGAAUUUAGGAUUUUUCCACAAAAUGGACUUGAGGAAAGACAUACAGAUUUGGAUUUGAUGGUACACCACUGGAAACCUACUUCUGCCCCAUCCUUGCUGCUAAACAUUUACCAUAGUAACCCGACAGAUCAUUUUGCAAAAUGACAAUUAUAAAUGGUGACAUUCUGUAUGUUCCAUUAGGUAAGAUAUUUGAGUUUGGCUGUUGUCUGCUUGCACUUUACCAUAAAGUUGCUAUUCAACUGUUGGAUACCAACAGAGGCCUUACCGAGUAUUAGUUGUAUAUAAAAUGUGACAGCAACUCACUCAUACUUUAAGACCUGCUUGGCAGUGUUAAGGCAACAAACCAUGCAGUGGGGACUUAAUCUGCCUGACAAGCUGGUACGCGUGCAACUGUUUGUCACAUGGAGUGGCUGCCAUAUAUCGUAAGAAGCAGUACUGAGUUGACUUCAAUUCUAAAUUAGAUUUUACGUAACUUCUCUCUUGUGCAAAGCACUUAGCAGAAGUAAAUGCAUUUUGGAUAACCAAUAAAUAACUUGUAUUAAUUGAACUGGAACUGAUUUUAGGAUUAAGUAAUGUUUUCCCACACUGCAUUAAUAUUGGAUGUUCGUCAUUUAAAACAACAACCCUAAAUUGAUUCAAAUUCUUUAAAAGGCAAAUUAUCCCGGAGGUCUAUCUGGUGAGAUACAUAUGAAUAGAUAGCCAUUGUACUUAUUUGACAAGGUUUUCUAGUGCUUGGUUUCUCCCUGCCGCCUCCACCAAUACCGAUAAAUACAAAAAUCUAGUACAGGUAUUUUGUUUGUAAAUGCUGCUUGAAGCCAUGAUAUUGGCUGUUCAGUUUUCUUUAAGGGUAACUAUAUUUCUUUUCCUAAUCCUGAUGUGUUCUCUUAAUGCAUUAUGACAUCUCUGUAAAUUUGUUUUCUUAUGAACUGUAAUAUUGUUUAGAAAGUGCCCUUUGAAGGACCCUGUAUAUUGCUGCACUUUUCAGUAAUUAAAUCCUGUCUAUAACA